AUGGAAGAAGCUACGGCGCCAUCUGCAUCUUCAAACCCUUUGAAACGGACACGGCAGCCAGCUACGAGCACUGGCAGGGCCCGGCCAGGGAACAAGCGCCCCAGAGAUGAUUCUUCGCAGACCAGCGAGCCAACGUGCAAGACCUGCACCCACUGUCGCAUCAAGAAAACGAAAUGUACCGGUGGACAAACCUGCUCAUCAUGCCUGUCAAGUGGUAUCGAGUGUGUCUACCCUCAGGAUACGCGCCGCUUGACCCGGCCAUCUCACGACCGACUUGCCGAGCUCGAGCAGCGCAUCGACGGUAUCUGGCAGCACAUACAAGCCACCACUACUCAUUAUGCUUCUGUGGCUCCUCAAAGAACGCCACACGCUGCCAGUGUCACCUUGCCUGAGGCCCCAGUCGACCCUUGUCUUGGUGUGGACAAUGCCCAGCCCCUUUCACCACAAUCUGUCGAUGCCUCAUCCGUCCGUCACUCUCGAUUUCCGCUUCAGUCGGGCACAUACGACCAAACCAGCGAUGCCAUUGGGGGAAUCACUGACCUUGGUCAAAGGGCGUCGGCCGGGGAAGGGGCUAGCAAUAUGGGUGAUGCCCAGCCGAAUGCACCAGCAGGACCACCGAAUAACGAGCCAAAUAACGAUCUCGAAGAGGGCCCGGCAACACCAGUGCGCUCAGCCCUUUCUCCCUGGGAGGCAAGGAUUGCGGGACUUGCCGUAGCACAGGAUGGCGGUGUCUCUGUUCACGGAGCGAGCAGCCUUCUUCAUCACGGCAACAAGGUGGCUGAGAAAUCACCAGCUGCCCCAAAGCCAGAUCAACAACUUCGGAAUGCAGAGUCCAAGGCCCGUCUCAUGAGCUACGCCGCCAUUCAACGGCAGCGAGAGGGGCUGCACUAUCGCCAUCCCCCAGCCACGAUGGAUCUGGACGGUGUUGAUGUCGAGCUUGCUAGACAUCUGCUCGACCUGCAUUGGAAUCGCCAGCACUACGCAUAUCUCCUGACAUAUCGCCCUGCUAUCAUGGAUUCCCUGGCGAGUGGCGGGAGAUGGUGCAACAAGCUGCUUCUGAAUGCCAUGUACUAUACCAGCUGUUUAUAUAGCGACAGAGAGUGCCUGAGGACAACCCCGACGGAUACCCAGAGCGCUGGCGACAGGUUCUACCAUAGGUUUCGGACGUUGUUGGUGGACGAGAUCGUAAACCCAAGCAUCCCUUCAGCGGCUGCGCUGCUCCUGGUCGGCGCCGCGUUGGUAUCUCAGGGCCGCCAAUCCGCGGGCUGGACCCUCUGUGGCACUGCAUAUAGGAUGAUCAUCGACCUGGGAUGCCACCUUACCAUGGACACUCAGGUGCAGCACCGUGGCCACGACCUCGAGGUCGACAUCGAACGUGAAUGGCGGAGGCGUAUCUACUGGGGAGCACUGAUCACCGAUGCAACGCAGUGCCUUUAUCUUGGUCGCCAGAUGACAAUGCGUCCAAACGAGGGCAGAGUACCCCUGGUCUUCCUGGACAAGUACGAGGAGUUGGAAGAGUGGACGCCACUUAUCGACCGGUCUCAAUCGUCCGAGGCGAAUAUGCUUCUCUUGGGUUACAGAACGCAUCCAGCCUACGCCCUGUCAUCUUUCACUGCUCUCGUCAAGCUUGCGCUUAUUGCAUCACGGAUCACCCAGACCUUUUACAGCAUCGACUGUGUGAGACAGGGCCACGGGAACCUGUGGGCCAUCAAGAGUGAAGUCGAGGAUGACUUGAAAACGUGGCAAGCUAAUCUGCCAUCUCACUUGAGAUUUGACCCGACGAAGGGGGACGAUGUCCCACCACCACAUCAAAUCACGCCACAUACCACUUAUCAUGUACUCAAUAUCCUGCUGCAGCGCCCUUUCCUAGACGGUGGCUACCUUCAAGAGGGCAUCAGCGAAUCCAACAAAAAGCGUAACGAAGAGAGUUGUGCCGACAGUGCUCUCGCCAUCUGGAGACUCGUCGGCGCCUACCGAGACACGUUCACAUUGCGGCGGGCUCCUUUUCUCCUCUCAUACGCCGUGUAUUCAGCGGUCGUGGUAAUGCUCCGUCGUAGCAAAGCCGAGCCCGAGAGAUUCAAGGGUCCCAUCGCCUUCUUCCUCACCGCACUCUCUGAACUACAACGUGGCUGCAACUUUGGCUUGAGAAAGCCUGUCUCCAUCAUCCGAGAUAUGCUCAACGAGCUCGGGGAGGUAGACCUCGCUCAUUCGCAGCAGCUUCCCGAAAAUGAACGUGCACUGGCGUCGAUGAUGCAGAUGUUUGCAUCUGACCCUUCUGCUGCACAAGAACCUCUGGGUGGCCAAACGCCUUGUGGUGUUGGCUACCCGUUUACAGUGUUUGAGCCUUCACCACAAGGAUUUCUUGAUUUACUCGACGACCAGGAACAGACAAUCACGAAUGAUAUGCUCUAUGGACUAUUUUCACAGCCACUCGCAGAAUUCACGGGAGGGUGA